AUGUCAGCAACUACGAAACAAGCUUAUAAACAAGCUUUAAAAUCAAUAAACACGGUAUUCAAAAAUGAUUUCCCCAUAUUAAAAGCAGCAAAAACUCAAAUCAAACAAGAAAUUUUCAAAAAUUCUAAAUUAACAAAUACGGAAGAAAUAACAGAAUCAAUAAAGAAGCUAGAUGAAAUUUCUAAUUUUUUACUAAGUAAUUUAGUCCAAGGAGAACUCAAGACUAAUGGGAAAUACUUUUUAAAUUUUCAUGAUAAAACUGAAUUGGGAGAUAAUGAAAGUAUUAAAACUAAUCAUACUUCAAAAAUGGGUAGUUUAAGUGGUUCAAAAGGUACUAGUAUAAGGUCAUCGAAAAAAUAG